UAUAUUCACGUGCAUUUUGUCAAACCUUAUUUUCCCUUUCUUUAUAUUUUGAGUCUGCAUAAGCCAAAAUCAUCCUAAAAGGCCCCUCUUAAAUAUUGCUCAUCCUCAUAUGCUUUCACUUAUUUAAGAAUCAUAGAAUUAAUUCAUCAUCGAUAUAUCACUCCCCACUUGACUUGGCCAAGCUCUCUCUUUAAUUCCCAAAUUAAUUAAAAAUCCUCUCUUUUUAUUCGAUCAUCAUAUUUCCUUUUUGUCAAAAAUGGAGUUAGCUUUGAGCUUGGGCGACGCACCAAAACCCUUUUCGUUUAUCGAGAAAUCGCAGCAAAUCCUGGGCAAGGAUUUAGGGUUCUGCAUGGCUACAGAUGAAGAUGCAGGUAAAGCAAAAAGUAUCGGCCGAGAUUAUAAGGAGCCGGGUUUUUCCGACGGCUGCUCGUCAGAUCCUGCGCCGGUCCAGCUCGAUCUCCUCCCUUUCUCACCGGUCCACAAAACUCAGCAGCCAUCAAACAACAACAACAAUCAACAAGGGGCCCCGUCUUUUCGAAUGGAUUUUUCGAUAUUCGGGUCGGAUUUAAAUCGGGGGAAAAGGGAUUUGGAGCAAAUGAAUAGUAGCGCCAGUGAACAGGCCGGGCCGGAGGCGGAUCGAGGGACUCCGUCGAGAGGGAGUGAUGAGGAAGAAAAUGGAAUAUUGAUGGGUAGAAAAAAACUGAGGCUUAGUAAGGAGCAAUCGGCUUUUCUUGAGGAGAGCUUCAAAGAACAUAACACACUCAACCCUAAACAAAAGCUUGCUCUUGCGAAGCAGCUGAAUCUUCGUCCUCGCCAGGUUGAAGUAUGGUUCCAAAACAGAAGAGCAAGGACAAAACUGAAGCAGACAGAGGUGGAUUGUGAGUACUUGAAAAAGUGCUGCGAAACGCUCACUGAAGAAAAUCGGAGGCUGCAAAAGGAGCUUCAGGAAUUAAGAGCACUUAAAGCUUCUCAGCCUUUUUACAUGCAACUUCCGGCGACAACCCUUACCAUGUGCCCUUCUUGUGAGAGGGUGGCCACCGCCACCGCCCCUAACAACUUGAACGAUAAACCCCAACAAGCUGCUGCUUCUUGAUUUAUAUAUAUAAUUAAUCACUACUUAGCUAGCUAGUUAUAAAUAUAUAUAUAUUAAGACCAUUAAUGAUAUGGUGGGAAAAUAUUGUAGCGUUUUUUUUUUCUUUUAGAUUUUCUUUCUUUUGGAAAGAAUUUUCUUUUGUACACAUAGCAAUUAAUAUUUGUUGUCUGGUUUUUUGGAUUGGAUUAUUCUAUUUUAAAACGCUGUUUCAUUUUCCUCAAUUACGCUGGUAUUUUCUUCAAAAAUAAAACCUUGGUUGUGUUUUAUGUUGGAAGAAAAAACGGUGGUUAUAUGUAUGUGGCGAUGGAAAUGAAACAAUGUUUUAAAUUGAGGAUUCUAUCCUUUUUACCCCGGAAGAAUUUUUUAUUUUCAUUCCUAGUGUAAGG